UCACGGCCGCUCCUGGCAUGCAAACGUGCGCGUCUGUGCCCCGCCCGCUGCGGUGUCUGGGCAUCGGCCGUGCGAUGCGUGCGGCAGGACACUUGAAAAGCAUUCCAUCGCAUCAACGCCACCGACAAACACUGCCCCCAGUGAUUCAUGACACCCUCAUGAAAAAACGCCGGAUCUUCGGUAGAGCUGGCAGGUGAUGGGACACGGCGCCGCGCCAGGCGGCGGAGUAAGGCAAGCAUCUGUGCACCCCAGCAGCCGAACGUCUCCACCACCAAAGGCACGAACGUGUAGCCUUUCUGCCGACAGUUGUUGCCGUAUUUGCGGUCCCUGUCGCGCUCUGCCCCCGCAGCCGCAGUGCCGCCCGGCUGCCGUGCGUGGCUGCGGUUGACUCGGGCGUGGUGAGGGGUGGAGCUCUCGGGCCGACAAAGAUGGACCACCGUGACAUCGCACAGGCCGCCCUCGCUGUCGACAGUAAAGAAGAGGUCCAUGCGCUGAAUGUUGGGCUCGGCGUUGGACGGGACGAUGUCGAGAGAGCGCAAGUGCACUUUCGUAGCAGCCGGAAUGCCCACCUCCACAAAGAUAGCGUUGAAUACAUCGAGCAGAGUGUUGUGCUUGAACAUACGCUCCGCCGUCGCGCGGCUGUAGAGGAAAAAGUGGUCUUCGAGGGCGUCGAUGGCCACGCCGCAAGGGCAAGAGGACGCCAGGUUGGCGAGGGGGAAGGUGAGGCCGAAGGUGAGAGCGGUCGCGAGGCGGUAGGCGUAGUUGUUCAGGCACUUGCGCUUGUCACCUCGGGUGUAGGCGGGGAUAGCUGAUAGCCAGCCCGACGACAGAGGCCCCAGGCAGGUGAGAAGGCGGCAUCGGUCACGACUGCCAGCCGGAAAGGACUCGAACAGGGUGUUGAAAUCCUUCUCUGCGAGGGCCUUCGAGAGCUUCUGCUGCAGUCGGGCUUGCGGGCGGAUGAUGAGCUGCUGGAUGUGAGGGAUGGCGACAUAGGGGAGAGAUGCAGAGAAGCCGGUGCGGGCGGAUGCUGCCGGGACGAGCCAUUCCAGCUGGAGAAGAGAGGCUUCUGACUCGGGCAUCCAGGGUUGCCCAUGAAAAUGGUCCCACACAUCCCCCACAGUGACAGCUACCAAUCCCAGAUAAGCAGCCGGUGCGAUGCGGGCAGACGACAUCAGCCCGAAGUCCCCCAGCCGAAUAGAGAGCUGCACCUGCCGGUCUGCCGGACUAGACAAGGCGCCCGUGCGGUGGAUUCGGGUGAAGGCCGUGAUCUUCGCAGCAUCGUGUACACGGGCGGCUGCCAAGAGGGAAGACGAGGGGGCAAGAAGGCGACACCAGUAGAUAAAGUGCGGAGACCCGCAAUAGCGAAGCAGCGGGUUCGCCCCCUGCACCGCGUGGUCCCAAUCGUCAACAGCAAAGGCCACCACGGCGUCGAGGAGGCGCUGGUGGCUGGCGACGACCUCGUUGAUGGUGCGCUCGACGAAAGCCGGAGUGCCGAUGGGGGCGGAGAGGAGGAUAAUCCUUCGGUGGACGCGCGCACACCUCGACUAAUGAUGGCGGUCGGCAGGUCGACGGGUGAGCGCCAAUGCGAGGACCAAGCAUGGCACUUGUCGAGCCGCAGCACCAGACACAAAGAAGGCUCAUGAAGACGUCCAGGCAGUCGCAU